AUGACCGAACUCUGCACCCAGGAUCGUCCCGCAACCGUCCCGCCGCUCUUCUGUACAGCACAGGUGCCACGUAGCAGCGACGCAGGCAACAAGAAACGUAAGAGCUCGUCGUCGUCGGACGAGAAGAAGAGGCGGGACCGACCGGCGGAUAGCGCGCUUCAUGGAGAGGGAAGACCAGUCGCUGCAGAAUAUUCGGAGAAGCGCAGUCCCAAGGAGUCGAGCAGAAGGAGAAGAUCUGGUGACUCUACCCCGCGAUCUCCGCGCUCACCGCGCCACGAAAGAGAGAAGGAGGAGCACCGUCCGAGAUCGCAACACCAAUACGAAGAUGCAUACCGAACUCGCGAGAGGCGCCGCUCUACACUGGACGUCGAAGUGCCGCAGGUGUAUCGCCGUGCAGCUGAGCCAAGUAGUGUCAACUCAUCACAGGAGGCUCUACUGAAUCCGCGCCCCCACCGAAGUCAACACCGUCGACGGCAGCACCCAAAGCAAACGUCGCAAAGCACUCUGCGCGGGCGCGGAGCAAAGCGCGACCCUGUAAGACAUUCAAAAUCCAAGAAGAACAUUCGACCCGAACCUUCUCGAGGCUGGUCCCUGUUCGCGCCCUCCCCACCAAAGACUCCAAAGCGCGAACAUCGCAGUUACCAGACUCUGGAUUCUUCGCCCCGUAGCAACCGCUCGUCCCGCCAGCAUCGCUCUUCGACUGCUUCUCAGACGAGUCCAGAAUCAUCACGGUCUCAGAACCGCCACCACCGUUCUCGUCAGCACGACCAGUCAGCUUCUUCACCGCGCCAAGCGCGUUCUCGCACCCCAAACACAGCUGCUCGUCGCGUGCCUGACAGACGGUUCGCCGUACUCGCUGCCACCAACCAGGCGCUUGAGGAAGUACGACAAGAGGCUUUUGCGCAACCAUCCCCACCUCCGCGACGAGAAAGGCUGCGACGGUACGAGGGCGUUACUAUUCCGACAUCGCAGAUACCUUUCAAUUGGGAUUGCGUAAGCAGCUCGCAGGCUUCAGCCAGACCAAGUCAUCGGAGUGGGGAGUCGAGUGGUCGGAGACGAUCGCGUCGUUGAUGUGCUCGUUCCUAAGCAUUGCUUCUUGCGCCUGGUUCAAGCCACGCAUGGUUGCUGCAUCUCAAUCCAGUCAUGGCAGAGCUGGCAACAGACAAACCGAUGGCGCAAUUUCGCACGUUGUGUAGCGAUUAUUUCUUAUUUUCUCCGCAUGUUCUCAAUCAUCUUGUAGUAAGAUACCCCCCGGCAUAUCAUCGGUAGUUUGGGCGUUCGCAUCACAUCAUUCGGCUCCGGCCAAGCACAGUCCAUUUGGCGUUUUUGGCAACACAAUACCCCUGCAUCACAUAUUCUCGCAUCGCAUGUAGUUCUCACCGUUGUAAUGAUAGAAUACACAUGUUCGCAUUUGAAAAGUACCCUGG